UUGCCCAGGUCAUUAUCCGGGUGAUGCAAAUGGAACACACCCUGUGAGUUUGAGCCCGUGUUCCCAGCAUGCACUGUGGCARUAAACCUAGCUAACAGAGGAGGAGAGUCUUCGCUCAUCAAACUACACCAAAACUCUGUGAUAUUUAAUACAGCGGCCUUCUUCACUGCUACGAUGGAGCCUUCAGACAGCACAACCAUCAACCACACGCUGAACCCCACCGGUGGUGGAGGACUGUGGGACGUCAGCGACAAGACUCGACUGUGCCGCUUCCUCUGUUUCGGUUCAGAGGGAGACAUGUACACUGCCAGAGAGGAGGGCCGUGUCGGCAUGGAGAACGCCGCAGCCCUGCUCUCCUUGCUCCAGGAGGGCCGGGGGUCCGAGGUGGUGGAGGAGAUAAAGAGGUUCGCCCAGGAUGGGCAAGCUGUAAGACUGGGCCCUGCCUUUUUCGCCUUGGCUCUGUGCUCCCAGCACUCGGAGCUGAAGACCAGACAGGCAGCGUUCAAAGCCCUGAAGGAAGUGUGUCGGGAGCCGGCACACCUGUUUUUAUUUGUUCAGUUCAAAAAGGAGCUGAAAGAGGGCAUGAAGUGUGGGAUAUGGGGUCGCGCCCUAAGGAAGGCCGUGUCUGACUGGUACAAUGAGCAAGACGCCAUGAGUCUAGCUGCAGCUGUGACCCGAUGUAAACAGAGGGAGGGCUGGUCACACCAGGACCUGCUCAGGCUCGCCCACACCAAACCAGCCACAGAUGCUGUUGCCUUGAUCAGCAAAUAUGUAACAAAAGGGUGGAAGGAGGUCCAGACCGCGUACUCGGACAAAGAGAACUCGGACGAAGUGGUCAAAGUGCUUUCAUAUUUGGAAGUGGUGGAGAAYGUCAGACACAGCUGUGAUGAAACGGAAGUUAGCAAUUUAAUAGAAGAACACAAACUGGAGAGAGAGCAGCUGCUAACAAAUCAUCUGAAGUCCAAACAGGUAUGGAGAGCUUUGUUGAAGGAUAUGCCUCUUCAUUCUGUGCUUAAGYUCUUGGGAAAAAUAACUUCAAACAAACUUCUUGAGCCAGGAAGCCAAGAAACACAGAUCAUAUGUGACAGAUUUCAGAGCGAGUCGGCUCUAAAGAAGGCAAAGAUCCACCCAUUCAGCAUUCUCCUGGCAUCAGAAAACUACAAGAGAGGUCAAGGCUAUCAGGGGAAAACCAAGUGGGAAGCAGACGGUAGCAUCCUCAAAGCCUUGGACUCAGCCUUCUACAAAAGCUUUGUGAACGUGGAGCCUUUAGGGAAGCACUUUGUCGUGGCGGUAGAUGUCAGCACGUCGCUGAGCAGCGUUGUCCCYGGAACAGCACUCAGCACUGCUGUAGCUGCUGCAGCCAUAACCACGCCUAACAGCAGCACUGACUGCACUCUUCCCAUCACCUGGGCCACAGAAAGUGGGAAAUCUGUCGACCUCUUCAUCAUUCUGACCAAUAACCCMCUGUGGGCGUUCAGAGCUGGCCCUGUGGAGACCCUGAAGAAGCACAGACUUGUGUCAGGGGCCAAUUCCAAGCUGGUGAUGUGCGGCCUGACUUCCAACGGACACGCCAUCGCAGACACGGAGGACCGAGGCUUGCUCAGCAUUUCAGGCUUCGACCUCGGAGCUUUUACUGUUAUCCGGAACCUUGCCCAGGAUCUGAUCUGAUAUAGCAGCAGGACCACCUCUGGGUCACGCCGUGGGAGUACACAACGAAGACACAAAGUGGACCAACGAGGUGUCCUAAAGAAGCAUCAAUCCAAAAUGUGCUCACACUUUCAAUUCCAGAUUCUGCUUUUCUACCAUGUCACUUUUAAAACAACGGACCCAGUGUCCAGCAGGCUGGACCCCUCUGGAAAUGUUACAUUUGUUUGUUUUCUGUGAAAUUCAAAAAAGCCAGUGCAAGACAGGGUCUGUGAGUCUGUGUGACCGGCUGGGGGCGUGUUUGUGACGGUUCUGGGUAAGAUAAAAGAAGAGAAGAUAAAAGAAGAGAAACUAAUCAGAAUGUUAGAUGUGCAGAGAAACAGAAGGUUUUGUUUCUGGUCUCCUGUAGUUUCUACCAGGUAGCAACAGCAUGAUUUAGCAGGUUGGAUGUUUAGAUGAAGUUUAAACCUAAAAGAUGUUUCCUCUUUUUGAUAAAGUAGCAUUAUAAAUGAUUAACCUAUCUAUAAAUGAAACAAAACACCAAAAGUUAACAGAAUUCUGUUCUGUUCAAUUCCUUGAUUUCCUUUUUGUUUUUUGUGUGUUUUUAAUACUAACAUCAGUUCUUUUUCCACUGCUCUCACUUUUUAGAUUUGUCAUGUUUUGUUUUAUUUUUUACUCCUAAACUGUUUUAGUGUAAUAACUGGUCUGUCCUGCUUCUGUUGGAUUUUUUUAAAGACCUGUGGUGACCUGAAAUGGAUAUUUUAGCUAAUUUGCAGUGGUGUUCUGUAGAAAAGUUCUGUAUAGUAUAGAGCUGCCACAAACGAUUGUUUUUAUAGUCGAUUAAUCAUCGAUAAUUUUUUCGAUUAGUCGACUAAUCAGAU